AUGAACAACAACAAGGUGAUUGAUGCUUUGAGACGCCCACCUCGAGAACGUUCUGACGAUGUAAGUUGUUUUGAUUAUUUUGGCUUUUUUAUUUAGGUAUCAUAAUAAAUCAUUUGAAGGAUAGGACUACGAAAACAUAACACGAAAAUACAAUAAGUUGUUUUUUUAGGACACAAAGCUAAUUUUCUUGUACCUAAGACAGUUGGACGUGUUCAGGAUAUUGGCAGAUGGUCCAUUGAAGUCUAUAGCAGAGACAGCGCGAUAUGAACGACAUCCGAAGGAUCAUAUUUUGUUUAGGUUUGUUUUAAGGAUUUUUAAGAAUAUUUUUGUUUAUUCGUAAUUUAACUUUUUUUAAAAAUUUGUUACCUAAAUUUUGAUUUUUGGCCUAGUUUUUAUCUACUUUUAACAAUUAUUAAACGUAAAUUAUGAUAUUGUUAUAUAAUUUUUUAAACGAGCUUUAAAGUUUUUGAUUUGGUACCUAAAAAUUUCUUUGCAGGAAAGGGCAAUCUGCAACAUGUUGGUUUAUACUGAUUAGUGGUUCGGUGUUAAUGAACAAUCAAAUUUAUCUUCCUAGUGGAUGGUAAGUUUUGUGUUUUUGAUGUCAAAGGCAUAGUUCAGAUAGUAUACCGAUAUGUUUGCUAUAGUUCAAUUUAGAAAACAUCGUUUAUCUGAAUAAUCUUGAAAAGAUGUUUUGUUGUGUCUUAUUGUGCCAAGCUGUCAGUCAUUUUUUUGAAAUUCAAAACGUUUUUCUUUUUGUUGGAAUGUUCGUAAAAGUGCAUUAGGUUAAUUUAAGUUGUAAGGGUGGUAAGAAUUUGUGAAGUAAACAUAAAUAUAGUAGCUAAUUUUGGUUUUACUACUAUUAGUUUUGUUAAUUUAAUGGACUGUAAAUGCAAAUGAGUUUAGUAAAUGUACUCUUAAUAAGUCGCUCUGAAUGUGUUAAUAAGUCGCUUUGAGGACUGAAAACUUAGUUUUAAAUCAAAAAUGAUAUUAAGGUAUAAAAUGGUUGAAGUUCUUGGAAAGAUCGUAAAAUCCUUUCGCUUUAAGGAAAAAAUUAGUUAAUUUAACAGAACGUUGUUUUAAUGGUGGCUAUUAAUGUUUUUUUAAAACAACGAGAAACUUGUAGUAAAAGUUUUAUUCUUUUGAAAUUGUACUUAAAAUUUAAAAUCUUUUUAAAAAACGUUUGUCCAUUUUGGUUUCACAUGAGGCUUAAAAUUAAAAUGUGGUGGAAAACGUAAAACUUUGGUUUAAUGGGGUAAUAUUAUUUAUGGUAAAAUGAUUUAUAGGCGAAGGUCAAGGAAAUUAAAAAGGAUAUUUUAUAUUUUUCUGGCUUGGUGAUGUAGGCCCAGGGGGAGUGGAGUGAUUUUUUUUACGGUACGAAAGUUUUUUUCAUGAAAAAUUAACUACUUUAAACUUUUAAAAAUGUUUGCCUAUAAAAUCAACACGUUUAAGAACCGCACAGACGGCUCAAUUUUUAAUUGUAACCAUCUGGCGUUGACUUAAGUGCACUCAACUGCUUUUGGUUUAUACUAUACCUUCUUGGUUAUUUCUUUUAUUUGAAUAAGAAGCGCCAGGAAAUGAGUCAUCUUUUGUGAUACGAGGGAAAACAUUUGCCAAUCAUUGUGAGGGUAUAAUGUAAUCAAAUGGCGGGACAUUUCCAACAUUUGUGUGGGUUUAUUGUUAAAGGCGUGAUUUUUAGUUAGAACUAGGAUAUUUUUGCAGAUUUUUGCCGUAUGUUUUGUUGCAAGGUAUAAAGUCUUCGAUGUAAUUUAGCCGGAGUUAACCACAAUAAUGAGCGGAAAAUUAUAAUAUAUGCAUUUGUUACAAGGCUGUGUAAAGGUCAAACUAUCGUCGAUAUAAAUUCAUAUUUUAUAGGAAAAACGAUUCUGCGAUGGGGUUUGCAUUUUUUUGGUUUGGAAUGGUUUAUUAACUUUUUUUUAGAAUAUUGAUUUUAAAAGAUCAUAUUUUGAAUUUUUUAUUGUAUUUUAAGAUUAAACGACUAUUUUGUACUCUAAAACGUUUUCGAUCAAUUGAUACAACUGUAUAAAAACGUGUAGUGAUUGAAAGAAAGAAUAUAUAGGUGUUUACAACUGUUUAAUACAGUCGUAAAUCGUUUAGUUUGGUAAUGAAACCAGUUUUUUACACGCCCAAAUUACUCGGAAUACCUAAAAACAUUGUGUGGGGGUAUUAAGCUUAAAUAAGGAUUUCGUUGUCACUAAAUGUUCUGGAAUAUAUUUUUGAGUAGCGGUAUUCAGUGUCGGGAGGGUCAUUUUGAUUUUUUUAGGAGAUUGGGGGAGAUCAAAAUUUUUUUGUAGAUUAUAUAAUGCGACAGCAGAUGAAAGGCGAUCCCUCGGAGAAAAAUAGAGUGGGACUGUCGUACUCGCGGUAAUUUGUUGGGUCGUUUUACAUCGAGGUGAAUGUUACAUAAAAUUAUAAAAAUUACAUACGAGUUACGCAACGACAUUUAUUGCAAUUUCUCUGAGGCUGUAUAAUUAUGUCAUAUCAUUAGGUAAUGCCACAGCAAUGUUGCAAUUGUUUUUUUAUUUGAUAAUUUUUUUUGAGCUUAAGUGUAGCUUACCAAAAAUCUGUAACACAUGGAAAAAUAUGGUGCAAUAUUGUUAUAAAAAUUAUUAAAGCUACUUAAAAAUACGCUUACCGUUAAAUAUCACUAUGACCGUUUUUUCAAUAUGUUUUCGAGUAGAUAAAGAUCGUAGGUCAUGGAAGAGUUGAGGAUUCCGCCGGUAAAUCUUUUAUCGUUGUUUUGAGUUGGAAUUUUGUUACAUAAAAAGUUUGAAUCUCUCGGACUUUCGGAAUUUUUCAUUUCCAAACUUUUAAUUUGAGGAUUUUAAAGUUAAAUCAUGUUUUAAAAUAUUUUUGAGUAAUAUGUUAGAACUGUUAAAUUUAUUUAUAUAUUUUAUUUUCAUUUAACACGACGUAACAUAAUCUGAAAUUAGUGCUCGCGAAAUCUGUCGCUCUCCAGAUGAAUGGGCAUAAAUAAGUAACGGCCUUUCAUGGAGACGCAGCAAACUUCCCCCGGCCUCAAAGAUGGCCGAAAGCGUAGAUAAAGUGCAUGCGUCCAGUUUUUUCAAAGCGAAAAAUAGCGAAAUGGUCAUUGUUUUUACGUCGAGACGAAAACGUAGUAAUGUUAGGGUGUUUUGAGUACUUUACUGGGAUUUUAGCUUAUAAUACGAAAUUUUUAUUUUUUUGGGGUUUUUGGUUGCGAAUAGAAGCAUUUAAAAUGCUUAAAUAGUGUUUUAGGUCUACAUGUAAAAUUUUUAAAUUUCAUGUAAUACGCUACAAGGAGAUUGUGUUAAACUUUUAAGAAACCUUAACUCUUACUGUAUGCAUGGCUGAAAAAUUUGUUUUAUAAAUAGCACUGGAAAAGCGGAUGAGAAUAAUAUAAAUAAUCUUUCCCAACUCGAAUAUUAAUUUCACUUCCGGCGUUUUAUAACCCGUAGCGCAUUCGACGAUGAGUGAUUUGAUUUGUGAACCCGGAGACUUUGUUUUUAUAGCAACUUUAAUCAUUUAUCUAACGUUUUAGCAGUAUAAUUAUUUUAUUUGAGGUUUUUAGUGGUAAAAUUUAUUUUGUGUAACUUUUUGUUUAGAAUGGGAAUGUAGGCUUCAUAAUUUGUGUAGUAUACUCAUCUUAUUCUGUGUUAUACUUAUAUAUAGCUACUCUUUGACCUUUUAUGUAGUAGUAAUUUUUAUCUACUUGUGAUUCAUCGCGGCGCUCUAUAAUGAAGUCUAACUUCUUUGAUUCUCGAGGAUUUAGCGCGAGAAUUUUAUGCAUAAAUUUAUGGGUUUAUGAAACGCUUAAUGGAUAGAGCUUUCGGGCGAACAUUAAUGUGUUAGUACCAAGGACGGCUUUUUCAAUUAGAAAGUUUACCAUGUAUUUUUAGCGAUAUAUACGCUUUGUAUUUGAAUUAACAGCGGUGAUAAAUGCCAGUUUGUUUUUUUUUCAUUUUCUAAUGAGUCAAAACAAUCAGUACCGUAUUAUCUUGUACAGUAACGGUUGUUUAUCAUAACAAUGAUUAUGCUAAACUCUGAUAAUCUAUGUUAUUAUGUGUUAAUGUCACGCUAAUUAAGUCUCUAAAGUCAUGAUAUUUUCAGCUUUGGUAAACGAAGUGGGAUGAAUCUACGCCGCAGUAGCGAUUGUCUGGUCAUUCAGCCAUCUGACAUGAUAGUGGUGAGUGUGCUCAGCUUACUACCUCUAAUUUACUGUAUAUGAAAAGACGUGGGACAUUUUUAGUUGUUGUAAGAUAGGUUUAUUGGAAAAAUGGUUAUGUAGGUAUUACCGACAUUUUAAAAAUAUUUUAAGCUUUUCUGCAUGGUUAAAAAUUUGUUAUAAAAAGUAAAAUUUUGAAAAGUAUAAAGAAAAACAACAUUAAUCAACAACAUAAAGCGCAUUUUUUAAAGUUCAGUUUUUGAAAUCAAGCGCCUUGGCCGCUGAAAGUUUCGGAAAGUAAAUAAACAGUUUUGAGAAGAAGUUUAUAAAUUGGAUUAGGCCAACUAUAAAUCUUUUUUGCGGCCAUUCAGACCAUUGGCCAGAUGAAAAGUAAUGGCGUUCGUGUGAGAUUGAAGGAAAAAAGUGAUGGCGUUAAUGUGGGAAAAAGACUAUUUUUUACAACACUUUGGUUUCCAGAUUUCAUUUCUGUAGCGACUCUGGCCAAAAGCCUGUUGUUGUGGGUUUGGAAAGGGUUUUGCAGUCAAAGUUUACUUGUUUAGCGAUUAAAUUGGGCUGGGUUAAGUUUGCACAAAAGGCGGCUGCAUUUUUUAUUGUUCGAAGGUGUCAGGCUUUAUUACAUUUUAAAAUUGAUAAUUAAUUUAAUAUUCAGUAAAAAUUUUUUAGAUUGAUUAUAACGACGUUCAACGAAUUCCAGUCCGCUACAAUAGCGGGUCUGCAACAUUAGGUCGCUCACGAGCCAACACUCACGCAUCACCGGUACCAUCGAUACCACCACCCCUACCUCACCGAACCCCCCAACCGUACCAAUAUCAUCAACAAACCACUUUUAAGACAAAUGGUGCGGGUUACUCUCUGCGACACUCGGGUGAUUUAGCGUACGAGUUUCAUCAACAAUUUGCUGCUCAAUCCAAUCCUCAAUAUUGUGCUAAUAAAGGCACACAAAGCGGUGGACUUCACGCUACACGAGGCGGGUCAAAUUUACAAAAUCACGGUGUACAAACGAGUUCGCAGCUUCAACAUUCUAAUAUUCAUCAACCGUCCAGCAGCUCACAGUAUACUCCACACAACUUACCGUAUCCACCGUCCACGAGCAACCCAUCGUACUCUCAAACCACACACAACCUGCCGUACUCUUCACCUGCGCAAAACGCUCAAACCAGCAUUCCGGUACAUCGCAGCUACAACCCCUCUCCAACGCGACCCUUUCAAACGUUUGUUGGCGUAUUGCCGGCCGAAAAACCCAGUGAAGACUUUUCGGACGCAACUCUAACCUUUCGCAACACACUUGCUCAACCCAACCCCCAAAAACGAGUACCGUCUCCAGCACCACGCUCAGCAUCCAUAUCGGUCUGUCCGAAGGAAACCGGAUACACCUAUCACGAAAACUACAACAAACAGGUGAGUCAGCUGUUUAUGGAACAAUUUAAUUAUGGUCUUGUAAAUUUCAAUACUGUUUUUAAUUAUCGGGCGAGAGCUUGUUUGGAUUUGUUAAUUAAUUAGGUUUUUGAACGAUUUUGUCUAUUUUUUGUGGAAUAGUUUAGUCUUUUACAUAGGAGUGUGUUUUAUUUUUUGAAAAUUUAUAGUUAAAUAGAUUAUGUAGGACAAAACAAUACCUCUCAUGACUUUUGCUACCAAAAAUAACGUGGGAUAAUGUUUAUUUUAACAUAAAUUAGUUGUUUUGCACUUGCUUAAUAACAUUUUGCAUGCUUAAUUUGGAGAGGGAAAAUGCAAAAGUAAGUUUGGGAAGUACGACUUUUAGUAUUAACUUGAAGUUAUAGUUAUUUUUUGUAGUAGUGGGUAAGAAAUGAAAAAUUUCAUAGUAGUUUUGAUAGGCAAGAAUAGGCUUAUUACUUUAACAUUGUUACCAAUAUCUUAAUCUUUUUGGUGGUUUUGUGAAAGAUAAAGGUUUAACGCGCUGUCUCGGCUUAUUUACCAUUUCCGAUUCGAAUUCGUUUUCUUCAUCAUCAUCAGUGUUCUUUUUGUUUUUUUGCGAAAAAUGAGGAAUGACUUCAUAUUUUCUGAACAAGUUAAUUUUGGUUGUGAUGUGUUCGUAUGUGAUUUUUUUCGAUUCGAUUUCAUCGAGGUUGGUAGCUUUUAACCCUAAGGUUUUUUUGUUUUAGUGAUUUUUUGAUUUAUUAGAAUCGUGUUUUCAAAAAGAGUGAGGAGUGAGAAAUCUUGAGGUAGGGGAGGGGGGAGGCUGAGGAGCGGGGCUGGGGAAUAUUUUUUCAUAGUUUUAGUAGGCCUUCCCUUUCUUGUAAGGUCAUAUACGGCUUAGCAGAAGGUACGAUAAGUGUUGAUUAUUUCAUUAACCACACCAUUACACAGCUGGAUUAAACACACCUUUACCUGCCAUCUUGUUUCUUUUCGGGCUUUGUCAAUGGGAAUCAGGAAAAAGUUGAAUCUGGCGCGCGAAAAGUCGCGACUUUUGUAAGCUCUUCAUUUUUCCAGAUAAAAUUGAGAGCGCUGGAAGUAGUGGGGGGAAAAGCACAAGCGGCAUCCGCAUGUUUUUGACUUGCAAUAAAAGAGUCGCAAAAUCCGAUGCUCCGUCAAUCAUCUUUUACUUUUGUAUUUAGAAUUUAUGAAGACGUGAAUUAAAGUGGGCUCGUUCUGACUUUAGAUGCUUGUGUUUUGGUUUGGCACGAUAAUGUUUUGGUAUAGGUACUAUCUAUGGCCGGUUGAAAUGGAUUGUGUGCUACUAAUUUGACUUUUUGUUUUUGAUUUUAAAAAAAUUAUUGUCGUCUGAAACCGCUGAAGUCGUUCUAUAACUCGGAAGUCGUUGUUGACCUUUACACUAAACGGCUGUGUGUUGUUAUUUUGAAAGCGAAAAUUAAUUUUUUAGGUUUUCAAUACAGAACUUAUUUUUUGCGGUUUGCAAUAAAAGUGGCAGAUUUUAAAUUUUAUGUUUUUAAAAUGCAUUUUGAAUUAAUGAUGGUAAAAUCAUAUUAAAAUUUGUAGAAUUUAAGUUUUGUCUUCAGAAAUAGAUAUUUUAACAAUAAAGAUUAAACAAAAGAUAUCAAUUUGACUAUUUCCUUGUAGGGUCUUUACAUCACUGUAAUACCAUACAAUUGCGGAUGUCAGAUAAUCUUAUUUGAAUAAUCCUUGACAUUGUUCUACCUAAUCCAUAACCAAUAUAGUUGCAUUCAAAUAUCACCGCGGAUUAGAUUGUUCUUGGGAUUUGUUGUUUCUGUUUACUCGUCGCUCUUGCAAAUUAUAAAAUGAGAACCCCCUAAACACAUUUAAAUCUUUGCUCGGUUGAUUUCAUCCUUUCUUUCGUUGAUUCGUACGGGUUUUUUCGUAAUUCGGAUUCGAAUGUUUCAGUGAUUGCGAUUCAAGUUGGGUUAGUGAUACAGGGGGUGUUCUUCAAGGUGAAUGGUUUGUAGGUAAAUCGCGAGUUAUGUUUGAUGAUGUUGAUGUUGUCAUGGGAUUUUACGGCAUAAAUUUUUUAGACACAAGAUAAGAAUACGUUUAAAAAUUGUCAAAAAUUUUUAAAAAACAAAAGCUUUACGUACAACCAGGUUAUUCAUUUGAGUAUCAAUUCUUCCGUCAUUUUGUCGUCUUAUCUGAAUGCUUGCGCAACGCGUAAACCCGAAAAUACGGGUUAGAAAGGGAGGGGGGGGGGAUUCUUUUAUUGUCCGUGAAGGAUGAUGGUAAUGUUUUUGUUGUUCGGUUUGGAUAGAUCACGAUAAAAGUUGGCUUAUUGUGGAUGAGUUAUGAAUUGCAGUGACGUUUUUGUUAUUUUGGGUUGGUAGCCUACGGGGGUUAGGUGUAUUUUUGCAGUUUGCGCUGUUUGAAACUAUUUUUUUUCUGUCACGUUUUUUUGCUCACCCAACCUAAGUACGUAUAUUUGAUAGCCAAAUAUGACGUUUUGAAAAAAAGUGUGUUCACUUUCAAAAACCACCGUGUUUUCGUCUGGUAGUAUUUCACAUUUGUUUACACAUUUUCUCGGGCCGGAUGUUAUCAGGCUUAACACCAAAAUAUCUUUUCCAAUUUCCGUUUGCGGUUUUUCCAUUUCGUCCAAUCUGUUUGAAUGUGGCGGGGCUUCGAAAUGAGAAACACAUGUGAGCGGCAAAUUGAAUUUGAGGUGAUUUUUUGGUGGGAAAAUUGGGCGACAUCCAGAGGAUUAUGGGUGGUCUUCGGGCUGGUUGUGGGAUUUUGUAUAGUUAACUGAUUUUUAAGACAUUAUCAGAGUACUAAUUUUAAAUUUUAAAAAUUAAAAAAUGGCAAACAAUUUACAAUGGUGUACGACCAAUUUUUAAGGAUCCGAUUAAGAUAGGUGUCUUCUAUAGCCGGCUGUACGCGCUUAACACCCGUAAUUGCCUUAGGUUAUUCAAUUCGCUUCUCGAUCCGCUUUCGUUUUUCUUCUUUGUUCCGAUGGAGAUUCAUAUAAUUUGUUUCCAAAUUGGAAAUCGAGUUGAUCGAGAAAGGAAUUCGUCGACGAAAGGGAAAAACGCUUUUUCUUUUUUCAAUAAUCGACGUUGGAAUUCGAUCUUUAUUGUUUUCCUAAUUAAACCAAUAUUUUAUCGAAUUUAACUACGAAUUUCGAACUUAAAACGCAACUACGACUUUUUUAAUUUGUAACGCGUCUGAUUAACAUGAGUUGUUUUCCAAUUAGCGUGGACAAAGAUUUGUGUUGUUGUGCACGGAAUCGCAGGUCGGCUGAAUAUCAGCCGGUUGAUAAGGUAACGCACGUUGACUCUGUGAAAAAGAUAGUAAUAUUGGACCUUAGAUAUACAUAUGUUAUCUAGGGUGUUUUUUUAUAUACGUAUUUUGUUGUUAGGGUCUUUGUUACAGUACACAUAUUUAUUUGUAUUUUUUUAUAUACAAUUUGAUUUUUAACAUUUUUUAUAACUUAAACAUGUGAUAAUGAAAAUUUUUUAAGUCGGAAAUGUGGCAAGCUGCCAUUCCAUCCACUUCAAACCAUUUCAAUCGUCAGUUUGUGCCUAAUGUAACUUCAGGAAACGGUUAUACGAAUAGUAAUGGUAUGUUAUCAACUUUUUAUCGUUUUAAGGUUUAGAUUUUUGAAAAAUUGUGUUAAACUAACUUUAAUUUUUUAAUUUUAAUAAAAAAUUUGAACACUGUAUAAUUAAAAAUUAAUUUAUAAAGUAAAAGUUAACGAUGUAAGACGUUGUAAAUGCAGAAAUCUGGUAAUUAACCACGCUUUUCGAUUUUAUAAUAUGUAAUUAGAAUUAUUUUUGACAAUUUAUGAUGUUCUCAGUCGUCAUAUUAACAUGAACCUCAGUGGUUGUAAAAAUAGAUAGUUAAUUACAUCUUAUUCAUGGUAAAACUCUCUAAUUUUUUAAAGGUUUUUUAAUUUUUAGAAUCUAUAUUUUUGAAAAGUUAGUGCUGGGUGUGUUCCUAAUAAUACGUGAAAUUUAGCAAAAACUUAAUUUUUAGGUAACAAAUAUUUUUUGAUUUUAAUUUAUUUAGUAUAAAAAUUCUGUUUCAGAGUCUCAACAAAAACGUGGGUCAAUACACGAAAGCCAACUGGUGCAUCUUACCGAAUCUUUUGAUUCUGGAGUUCAAUUAAAGUCUAAUUCAUCAUCCAACUCAUCUCAACCUCCGCCACCAGCACCGUUCAUUGCUGAUAAUAAUAUGGAGGAGCAAAAUAACGACAGAUUCUUAGCACCAAGUGCUCAACGAAUCAAUAAAAUGCGGGUUCAACUUAGCAGAAAGGUUAGAACUUUGAAUUUUUUAAAUUUUUUGUGUUUUUUUGGAAUUUUGUAGUGAUUUUAAAAAUUUGAAAUCAACCGGAAGUUUUAGAACUCCGACGACUCCAAUUCUUCGAUACGAAUGCGAAGUCAUUCAAACGCUCAAAGUGCUCUUCUCAAUGCACGCAGAUUCCGCGGCCGUUCAACGGCUUCGUCUUCAACGACGGACGGCGACGAAUUCUCGGGUUUGCCAGAAACUGCUGUGGACACGGAUGACGAGGAUGAUGAAGAGGAAUCCAUACCAUCACACGACUUUUCCUACAUGGAACUGAAGGAUAACGUGCGAGAGUGCUUGGAAAAAGAGCCGGCCGAACGCAACAGCGAUGAUAUUCACGUUCUUAUGGUGGGUUUAUGUAUUUUCUGACGGAAUUUAGUUGGGUACUGUAUUUAAUUAAAAAAACACCAAAACAGCACUAUUCUUUAUAGUAUUGAACAUGCGAUUUCUAGAACAUAAUUGAUAUAGUCAACAAGGCAAUUAAUGUUGACGUAAAACAGCGUGCAAACUAACCAGCACGCACUUAAUUAUCAGUGUUAAUACGCUUUGUUUAAAUUAAAAGAAGACAUUUUUUUCAACUAGUGCAAACCAGUAUUUAGAAUCAUAAACAAUAUGUGAUUACAUGGCGGUUUUGGUUUAAUAUACUGUAGGUAUGAGUAUGAGACGUUUGAGCGUUCGGUGAUGUUAUUUUAGGCAUCGGUAGAGUAAUACAAUAGUCUUUCAAAUGUGAAUAUUGUACUGUUACUAAUAAAAAUAUGUUUUAGGAGUUUAUGCAACAAAUGCCAGCAUUGGCAUCUCUACCUUUAUCCAUAAAACGACAACUCUGCUUAAAAAUGGUUUUUGCCGUCGUUCCAGAAGCCGGCACCGUGAUUCUACAUCACGGUGAGCGCAUUGACAGCUGGUCUGUCGUCGUGAACGGUGCUGUAGAAACGGUACGAUCGAAUGGAGAACGUCUAGAAUACCGUCUCGGAGAUGCGUUUGGAGCCCAACCGCAGCCUCAAUCACAAUAUAACGAUGGUGACACAAAAACAUUAUGCGAUGACUGCGAGUUUGUGUUGGUGGAACAUCAGGAUUACUGUUCUAUAAUGAGCACGCUUGAUCAGCACAUUGAACAAGAGAACGAUUUGAUUACUGGAGAGAUUGUUAGAGAGGCUGAGCGACGGUAGGUGGCAGUUUGUGACACCUUUUGGGAAGAAAGUUUCUUUUAUAAUUUUUAUUUUUUUCAGGGUUGUCGGGUCUCAAGUAGCGUUAGUAAUCAUAAAAGCCAAGCCAGACAGACUAAUACAACACCUUGUGGAUGAAACUGAUCCAACGAAUAUGGACGAAAACUAUGCGCAAGACUUCUUCUUAAUGUACAGAGUAUUCAUAUCCGAUCCGACAAUAAUUAUGCACCGCCUUCUCGAAUGGUUUCAAGAUCGACGCUACAGAGAAAAAGUCACGUGCAUACUGUUGCAUUGGGUCAACAACCACUUCAACGAUUUUGAGUGUUCACAGGAGAUGCUCAAGUUGCUGGACACCUUCGAACAGAAUUUGGAGGCAUUUGAAUUGUACCAUCAGCAAAGCCUUCUUAACAUAACCUGCAGUGUCAAAUCACAUCCACGCCAAGCCACUUUAACAAGAUCGAAUCGUGAUCAAGAGCUUGCAUUCAGCAUAAUUGGUGGCAAUGCAAAUCAUCCCGAUCUUCCAGCAGUUGAUGGUAUCUUCAUUGCUCAUGUCGAACCAAAUUCACCGGCCGAGAAGAACGGCCUGAAGAAAGGUGAUGAAAUUAUCGAAGCAAAUGGCCAAAACUUCCGAACAAUUGCACUGACAAAAGCGUUGGAUAUACUGAGGGAAAGCACUCACUUAAGCUUAACAAUCAAGUCCAACAUGAUGAACUUUAAAGAAAUGACGAUGCGACAAGAAAACGGCAUAGUAGACCACUCUAAGCAGACUGGUACUAUGGGAAGAUAUCAGAAAAAAAGUAUGAAGCGCGAAAGACUAGGUAAUGCUGGAAGUCAAACUGAUUUAAGCAAAGAAAGGAAUGGUGCUAUAUCGGCCGCUUCAUCUGGCUACUCGUCGGCCACGGCAACGCCAGCUUCAAAGGCUUCCAUGUUUGACAAAUUGAAGACGAUGUUCAAGGGGAAUGGUAUUAAUGGAACCGCAGUUCAGGAAAUUGAUUUGACUACGGAUGCGGAUGAGAGAACCUACGGUACGCUACGGACAAGCCGAUCAAAUCCCGAUAUCUCAAGCAAUCUUAAAGAACCACAGCCUUUUGGAUCACAUUCUCCAGCUCUACAACAUCGAAACUCUAACCAAUUCCCGGAACAUGCAGUCAAAGUGUACCGUAGUGAUCAAUCGUUCAGAUUCCUGAACGUCUUCCCAGACACUACGGCACGACAAAUUGUACAAAUGGCUUUACUGGAGUUUGGCAUGCAAGCUGAAGCCACGAACAAUGAUCAGGAAUGGGGGUUAUGCGAAUGUGUAUGUUCAGUAGCAGAAAAACGAGUAUUCAUAAAACAACGUCGGCUUCCGGAUGAUCUUCAGAAUCUUGCAGAACGUGUAGGAUUGGCAUCAAGGUUGUACAUAAAAAAUAACAACCGGUCAGAAACUCUACUGCCCGACGAGCUAGCCCCUGAAGUCAUGAAAGAGGCUAAGAUUAAUUUAUACGCACUAAACGCUCAGUUUGUCGCUAUCCAACUGACUCUACAAGAUUUUGACAUAUUUUCGUCAAUCGAAGCAACCGAGUACGUGGACAACCUAUUCCAAUUGGAAAGUCGCUACGGAUGGCCAAAACUUCAAGUUUUCGAAGAUCAGUUUAACCGAGAAAUGUGGUGGGUUGUCACUGAGAUUUGUCUGGAACGUACCGUGAGCAAACGUGCCAAGACUAUCAAAAAGUUUAUUAAAAUUGCGAGACAUUGCCGCGAUUUGAGAAACUUUAACAGCAUGUUCGCCAUUAUUAGUGGAUUGGAAAAACCGGCUGUCAGAAGAUUGAGCCAUACGUGGGAACGAAUUCCAGGGUACGUUUUACUUUCACGAUUUUUUCAAAAUUGCUAAAAAUUUAUUUUAUAAAAUUUUAAGUUAUUUAUGCAGUUUUUUUAAUAAAAAUAUCAAUUUUUUUCAGAAAAUACAUGAAAAUGUUGGCGGACAUUCAAGGACUACUUGAUCCAUCUCGAAACAUGUCCAAAUAUCGACAACAUUUGGCCGCCGUAUCACCAACACCACCAGUCAUUCCUAUCUACCCUAUCAUGAGGAAGGAUCUUACUUUUGCUCACGAAUCUAAACCAACGUGUUGUGGAGCGUUGAUCAACUUUGACAAACUUCGAAUGAUUGCCAGAAUCAUACGAAGCGUGACCAUGCUGUGUUCGGUUAAGUACGAUCUGGAAUUUAUGAGUACACAAGCAGCCAUCAACGAAAUCAAUGGAAGCGGGACAGUACGAAAAGGCGCGAAUGGAGCCAAUAGUCUUAAUGGUACAGUAAAGUCACUUGGCAAUUUGUCCCGCAAAAAGCUAUACGAACAGACGCUAAUGCGUCGAAAAGUUAAGACAUAUCUGGCCGAAAUGCCGAUCAUCGACCAAGAAAACGAGUUGGAUCAACUGAGUUUGGCAUGCGAACCAGGCCAAGUACAGUCCAACGCGGGCCAGAAUAGUGUACCGCUGGCACGACGAAGAGUACCAUCACCUACGCCUUCUUCCUUAUCAUCGCAUUCGAAUCAGAGCGAUCAGAACAAGAAGUUCUUCCAACAACAUUCCAAGUUUGGUAAGUGGCUGUACUUGUGACGGAUUGCACACUAACACUGCCUUCUUUAUGUUUGUACAUAUGAUGAUAUGUGUCUAUUGUGAUUUUCUAAUAUAUAUGAAAUUUGAAAACAUUUUUUAACAAUUAUUUUUUUGUAACUUUUAUUUUGAUAAUACCUCACAAACAUACUGUCAUUGCUCUACAUUUUUAUUAAAAAAAUUUUUAUGCUACUGUAGAUAAUGAUAAAGUUGGUCUUUUUGAUAACACAUUUAAAUAUAACGUCUUCUUUGUUGUAUUUGUUAUUGUUUUGUUGAAUCACAGUUUAAAUCUUAUGUUGUUUAUUGUAAAUAGGCUUGUCAUUUUGUCAAUAAAUAAAUUACAUCACGCUUUUCUUAACAAGUAUUAAUAUCUGCACUAAUAUUUCGAGCUUAUUUUCAUUAACACUGAGUAUUAUUGAGGUUUCUCUUUUAGUGGAGCAUGAGGGGGUUACUAUUGACGAUACGCAUGUGCAAUAACCUGAUUUUCUAUAGCAUACUAUUAGAAAGGCAAUAAAAAAUUAUAUAUUCAGGUGUGGAAUCCCCACAAGCCAUUCAAAAAAUGUUAUCUUUGGUGCAAAACUCGAAAAUUAAACCAAAUGGAGCUCAAAGUCAGAGUCCUUUGAUUCCACCCAAAAAACCAACGUUCUCUACCAGCACCUUGAAAAGAAUUCCGUCGUUUGGUGCGGCGAAAGCCAACGAAGAAAACGGAAAUUAG